AUGGCUGACUGGAAAGGAGAGGCUGACAAUGCCGCCUGGAACGAUGGGGGCAAUGAUACGUGGAACGAGGGGGGAGAUGGCUUUGGUGGCGGUGACCCCAACGACAUGGCUGUUGUAACUGCCGAUGACAACGCGAAUGGUGAUACCUGCCGCAACUGUGGACAGGCCGGCCAUUUCGCUCGCGAAUGCCCGGAACCGAGAAAGCUCUCUGGAGCUUGUUUCAACUGUGGCCAGGAAGGCCACAACAAGAGCGACUGCCCAAACCCUCGUAUCUUCACUGGCACCUGUCGCAUCUGCGAAAAGGAAGGACACCCAGCUGCCCAAUGUCCAGACCGUCCCCCAGAUAUCUGCAAGAACUGCAAGGCUGAAGGCCACAAAACCAUGGAAUGCACUGAAAACCGCAAGUUAGAGCAGCACAAUGUCCCUGACAAGCUCCCAGAAGAGGCCUUGGAGAUCUUGAAGAAGGCUAGCAAGGAGCGAGACCUCGAAGAUUUCCGUGAUGGUUUGAAAAUCUACAACAAGGCAGCUCCCCUUGCCACCUAUGUUGACAUUGAGAAGCUUUUGCGUCAGGAGAAGCUCAACAUCUACUUGAUCGCGCUUGAACGCGAAAUUGGUGAUUGCCACACUGUUGUCAAUCUCCAGGGAAAGCUCAACUGCAAGUUUGUUGUCGGUAUCUACUUCAGUGACAAGCCCCAGCGUAUCAACCUCAAGGAACGCUGGCCUGCCACUCCAGAGGAGAACCUCGAACGCCUUGCUGAGGCUGGUUUCCCUCUCGAUCGUCAGAUUCCCAAAUGCUCCAACUGUGGACAGAUGGGCCAUAUCAUGAAGAGCUGCAAGGAGGAGCAUUCUGUUGUCGAGCGUGUGGAGGUCAAGUGUGUCAACUGCAAGCAGCCUGGUCACCGUGCUCGUGACUGUAAGGAAGCCCGCGUUGAUAGGUUUGCUUGUCGUAACUGCGGAAAAGGAGGUCAUCGUUCCAAUGAGUGCACUGAGCCUCGCUCUGCCGAAGGAGUUGAAUGCAAGCGCUGCAACGAAGUCGGCCAUUUCGCCAAAGACUGCCCUCAGGGAGGCGGUUCUCGUGCUUGCCGUAACUGCGGAAGCGAAGAUCAUAUGGUCAAAGAUUGCGAUCAGCCUCGCAACAUGGCGACUGUUACCUGCCACAACUGCGAAGAAAUGGGUCACUUUAGUCGCGACUGCACCAAAAAGAAGGACUGGAGUAAGGUUAAAUGCAGCUGCUGUGGAGAGAUGGGCCACACUAUUCGACGCUGCCCCCAGGCCCCUGCUGAUGAAAACGGCGGCGGCGGUGGAGGUUUCUAUAACAACAAUGAGACACCAGACUCAGCUGCUGUCCCCGGUGCUGGUGGUAACGUCAUGGAGCCUGAAGCCGCUUGGGGUGGAGACGCUGGUAAUUCUGCCUGGUAA